UUCCAGUAGAGGGGUGUCUGUUGUUUUCAGUUCAGUCGUUAUGCGCUUCUCAGCCGGCUAGCCUAUCCCCUGUCAUCUUUGCCGUCUUCCUGUCCGUGCGGAGGAGCAAGGAAUGCAAAUCAAUGUCGCAAGAUCAGGAAGAACAAGAAGAUGAGUUGCUGGCUCUAGCGAGCAUUUACGAUGAGGAGGAGUUCCGUAGGGCCGAGUCUGCUCAGGGUGGUGAAAUCCAAAUCUGCCUGGAGCUGCCUCAAGAUUUUAAAAUUGUCCUAAAAGGGGAGAAACAAACUGAACAUGACGUAUCUUUUCUACCUCCGCUGGUUUUGAACUUUGAACUGCCUCGGGACUACCCAUCAACCUCUUCGCCUGAGUACACGCUGAGCUCCAAGUGGCUCUCUCGGGCCCAGCUGAGCGCUCUGUGCCGGCGGCUGGAUGAGCUUUGGCGGGAGACCCAGGGCAGCGUGGUGCUGUUCUCCUGGAUCCAGUUCCUCAAGGAGGACGUCCUCGGCUUCCUCUGCCUCGCGUCCCCGCUGGAGGUAGCCGGCGGCCCCGCUAAGAGCCUUCCGGAACGGAAGCGGAGCGACGGCGAUGGGAAGACGGCGGGGGGCGUGCCGGGAGACGACGGCGGCGGCCAGGAUCCGCCGGACCCGCGCGCGGUGGUGGAGGUGGACCCGCGCGCCAACAUCCUACCUCAGCUCCUGGACUUCGACGAGGCCCAGCGGCAGAGGGUGUUUGAUGGGAAGGUGUUCUGCUGCGGCAUCUGCUUCACCGAGAAGCUGGGCUCGGGCUGCCUGCUCUUCAAGGAGUGCGCGCACGUCUACUGCCGGGCCUGCCUCAGCGAGUACUUCCAGAUCCAGAUACGGGACGGGAACGUCCAGUGCCUUAACUGCCCCGAGCCCAAGUGCACCUCAGUGGCCACGCCCUCGCAGGUGAAGCUGUUGGUUGGGGAAGAGCUGUUUGCGCGGUACGACCGUCUCCUGCUCCAGUCCAGCCUGGACCUCAUGGCGGACGUGGUGUACUGCCCGCGGCAGAUGUGCCGCACCGCGGUCAUGGUGGAGCCGGACACCACCAUGGGCAUCUGCUCGUCCUGCCAGUAUGCCUUCUGCACCCUGUGCAAGCGCGGGUACCAUGGCCUGUCCCACUGUCGAGCCACUGCUGACGAACUCCGAAGCCUGCGGGAUGAGUACGUGUCGGCCAGCGACGACGGGAAGAAGUUUCUGGAACAGCGUUACGGCAAGAGGGUGAUACAGAAGGCAGUGGAGGAGUCGUUCAGCAGAGAGUGGCUGGAUCAGAACUGCAAAGGCUGCCCACGCUGUGGCACCAACAUACAGAAGGUAGACGGCUGUAACAAGAUGACGUGCACAUCUUGCAAACAGUAUUUCUGCUGGCUGUGCCUGAGUCAGCUAACACGAGUUAACCCGUACAGCCACUUCAACAACCCUGCAUCUCCCUGCUACAACCAGCUGUUCCAAGGAGUGGAUAUUGACGAGGAUGAAUUCUGGAGUGACGAAGAUGACUGAUCAGAAGGAGGCUUGAUGACCUCACUCUUGCACCUUAAUUUCACAACCCACACAAUCUUCCAAUGAAUUUGAAUUAUAAUCAAGUAUAAUCAGGAGUUGUACUCUACGAAGAAAACCCAAAAACAAACAUGUGUUAAAGGUAUGACUUUAUGUAGUAGAGUCCUUCAACAGUUGUUUUUACCAGAUAAAUGUUUAUUUUUGAAGAAAGACAAAUAAUGGAUUGGAAAUAUAUCGGCAUGUGAAAGCCCUGUAUGUAUGAUAUUUCUCUCCCAGAGAACUUGUUUAAGAUCUCAUGGUGCUGGGGGUUCUUCCCCCAGAUACUGUGUUGGCUAUGCCAAGUGUUCAGAGAGGCCUGGUUUAAAGGAUGGCCUGUCCUGUUCUUUGCAAACAGAGGUCUGAGUUUCACAGACUGCUUUGUGUCCAUGGAGACAUUGCCCUAAAUUAUGUGUAAGAUAGUGAAGGUUCUUGUUACCCUGGAUCUUGUAAAACAACUUAUUUGGAGGAGAAAUGUUAUAUCUUUUUUACAUUGUCUCAGAAACUUAAAAAGGAACACUAUUUGCCUGCUACUUUAAAUUGUUACAUCUUUUCACUUUAAACACUGAAAGUAAUCACAGUAAAGUAAGCUGUACAUCAUUUCUCCUCAGUUAAUCUGAAUACUAUGCGUAAUAGUAUCUUCCAUAAUGAAACUGACGUUUAAUCAUGGCGUAUGGAUGUGUACAUAAAGCUUGGCAAAUGUGUUUGAUUGCCAUCAAACAGCUAUAGAAUGUUGUUGGUUUAGAAUCCAUACGUCCACUGUUAUAAAUAAUUUGUAACUGUUGAUAAAGAUUUGUCCGGAAUGUUUGUGUUGCCAAAUAAACUGACAUGGGAAAGGA